AGCAGAGCACUGACCAGCCCGGGGGCGCCAUUGUCAAAGACCCGACUAUAUAAUGGACGAGCAAACCGACCCAGGUAUCAGUUCGACACUGCAUCCAGUCACACCAACAUGAAGGCCUUCAUCGUCGCUGCUCUGGCCCUGGUGGCUGCUGCCGACCGGCCCCAGUCUUCCUACAGGCCCCGACCUGCCUACUCUGCCCCGACCUACUCUGCCCCCACCUACUCUGCCCCGACAUACACCGACCAGCCCAGCUACAAGCCGAUCGCUAUCCUUGAGGAGAAGAACGUCCACCCUGGAGAUGGCUCCUACAACUUCCACUUCAGCACCGAGAACGGCAUCUACAGGUCUGAGAGCGGCGUGCCUCUGCCCGGCUACGGCAAGAACGCCUACGGACAGCCGGAGGGCAGCUACCGCCAGGAGGGCACCUGGAGCUACUCCGACGGAUACGGCAACCCCAUUAAGGUGACAUUUGUCGCCGACAAGAACGGCUACCAGCCGUCCAGCGACAUCCUGCCGACGCCGGUGCCCACCCAGUACCCGACCCCCGCUGUUAGUGCCGCCUACGUCGAGCCCCAGCCGGCCUACGUCGAGCCCCAGCCCUCCUACCAGCCUGCCUACGUCGAGCCACAGCCUGCCUACGUCGAGCCCCAACCCGCCUACGUCGAGUCCCAGCCCGCAUACCAGCCCGCCUACGUGGAACCCCAGCCCGCCUACAACUAAGUUCCUAAACGUGAAUGGCCAGAGAUGUUUAAAGUUUAUUGCGUGUGGCUGUUGAUUAUGAAUAUGUCUUGCAAUAUAUCACUGAAUUGA